AUGUUCUCGCGAAGAGCGUCGCCGUCGCCGAGCAUUCCCACCGCCAGCUCCUCUGCGUUUUCCAUCUCGAACCUCGCCAACAACAACAACAAUAACAAUAACAACAACAAUAGUAACUGUAAUAAUGGCGGAGAUACUGUCGCCUCGGGUUUUCCGCAAAUUCCGCCGACGCCUCGCCGCGUACCGCCCAAAAUCGGGCUUUUGCGCCAUUUGAGCGGGUUUUUGGAGUCGAAGAAAGGUCAGUUUUGUGGUGAGGAGGCCGUCUUUUCAAGUUUUUCCACUGCUUGGACUUUGCCGCUAUGCUCUCGUCUUUUGUACGGAUUCUUUUCCGAUUGUGAUGUACGAUUUUUGGAAAAACGACUAUUGUAGGCCCGAUUGGUUUCCCCUCCCCCUCUCUUCUUUUCUGUGUACUCUUCGGGUGAGAGCUCACCUCGGAGCUCCAGAAGAAGAAGAAGAAGAAGAGGGGAGGGGGGGAAACAAUUUCAAAAUGAGCACAUGAGGGGAAGAGUGCGGGGAAAUGAGAAAUGAGCAAAAAAAGAAGUGGUUGUUUGCAGAUCUGAUGAAUGAUUGGGAAAUCGGUGGCACGCAGAACAAAUGGGUGUGUCCCAGCGAUCGACAUUUGCACCUCAGAGCACAGUGAGUUUUUGAGCGUUUUGGACGCUCCAGAAUCGUUUUGGAGGCGGUCUGGAGGAGUGUGAGAAGACUAAAGUGUUACUGAAACGUCCCGGAGAUGUUGCAAUCCUUCUGAACGCUUCUGGGGGGUUUUGAAGAGUUCUGGAGACUCCUAGACACUUUAGAAGGUCACAGACUGAUGCUAAAGUCACUUUUUCUCAUUCCCAGAUGAUUGUAAGCCAAAAGUUUCAGACUGAAAUCCGGAUGGUCGGUGCGAACAGCGACAGCGAGGUCGCCGACCAACUCGAAGGCCCAAACGGGAACGAUAACUCAGGCGGAGCAGGAGCACAUUCAGAGGGUACUCGCAAAGGCCGAGGAGAGCAAGAACAAAGAGUCGCAGCGGAUCGGGUACGCUUUUUGACGGAUUUUGGAAGUUUGAGAACUGUUCUUGUUGAUGCUGUUAUAAAAAGCGAUGUAUCUCAGCUGGGGGUGGAGAUAUCAAAAUGAUAUCAACUGAUAAAAUGCUCACAAUUUCCUAAUGAACAUUUUAUCAGUUGACAACUUUUUGAUAUCUCCAUCGGCAGCUGAGAUACAUCGUCUUGAAUGGACAAUAUUGGAAAUUGCGUUGAACGUUCACAAAGAUCUCUGAAACGUUUCGCCCACAGAAACGUCACUUUCUGCCUCUCUCUCCAUUUUCUCAUCCACAAAUCUUCACACAAAUCCUUGCCGCCGAAUUCGCUCAUUUCGAAUUCUGUCGUAAAAGAGAGGAUUUAUCUCUCUCUCUCUCUCUCUUUCUGCUUGAAUUAUUCACACGUGCGCAGAAGAGAGGACACGUUUUUUCUAGAAAAACGGCGGCGGCGGGAGCACAAAGAAUCGUCUGAAAUUGGCGCAGGGGUCUGGGAAUAAUCAUCCCCAACCAACUUUCUUGCAGCAAAAUGGUGGACCGGCUCGAAAAGAUGCGUCGCCGAGCGACCGGGAACGGCGUGACGCACUGCCUCCUCUGCCACACCGAAUUCGGGCUUUUGGCCUCGAAGAGCUACGCGGCCAUGUGUGUCGACUGUCGGAAGGUUAGUUAGUGGUCCCGAGCGGUUCAUGAUUGUUGGGGUGUGUUUGCAAAUCGCUAAGCGGAUAAUCUUGGGGCUUCCCGAAAAGAUUACACGAGCCGAGCGCAUUCUGUGUCUAUUUUGGUAUCAAUGAAAGUUGAGGAGAAGAAUCAGGGUCUAUAAGGUCAAAUUCUUGUAAAAGUAGGUAUUUUUCUUGCCCUUUUCCCCAUUUCACGGUCUCCAGAGCUUACCGGCCGAAUAGAGCGAUACAUUGGCGCGAAAUUUGUGUUUUUUGCCAGAUUAGCCACGAAAAACCGAUAAUUUCUCAUUUGUCUCUCGAUAGACCGAUUGUAUAGGCUAUUACGCAUUUUUUAAGCGCAAGAGCGUUAAAUUUUUUAAUAAUAACUCAUUUAUUCUCUUCAGCCACCUAGGAAUAAAAUUACAAAUUUGGUCAAAUUUGGUCUAGUCGUAAAUCACAUUUAUCCGUUUGAAGGUUUUUGGCUAAAACUGCAUGAAUUUCAGUUGUUUUUCGGUAAUUUUCGCGGUUCGAGCGCUCAAAAUGCUUGUAUUUACGUGAUUUAUCAUUCUCAAAACCAAUUCUGUCUGAAAACGGUCAAGAAAGCGCAAAAUGAGAAGUGCCACGGCGAGCAAAAGUGUAGAAAGGGGCGUGGCCUAAUCUGAGACGCCGCGUUUUCUGAAAAUUGCCGCAAAAUUCCAGCACACUUUUCCGAUAUUUUUGUGUGUUGAUAUCGACGAAAGAAAAGAGACAUUAAAGAGAGAAAACAUUGCAAAUUUUCGUGAAAACGCCGCCCGUUUGAGACGUUUUUGGCAUCAUUCGCAAUACGCUCUCCGCCGCAAUUUCCGAAUUUUCAUAGCGGCCGAUGUGGAUCGGUUUUGAGACGAAGUGAGUGUCGGAAGUGAUUAAGCACACGUUAAUACAAGUAUUUUAAGCGUUUAAGCGGCAAAAAGUGGCGGCGAAUGACUGAAAUUCGCGCAUUUUCAGCACAAAACUUGAAAAUCGAUUUAAUUGAUUGAAUUUCUGAAUGAAACCUGCUCGUUUUAAGCUCUCAAAAAGUGCGCGAUGAUUAGUUUAACGAAUUUAUGCAAUUAAAUUGCCGAAACCCGUACAAAAUUUGGGUAAUUUUUGACGAAAACGAAAAACGUGAAAAAUAGAGUUAAAUUUCGAAUUUCGCGCCAAAAUGGUGAUAAACCACGCCCCUUUCUACGUUUUUCGGCGCCGUGAGUGCGGUUUUUAGGCGGCGAAGGCGAAAUGCGCGAAAUGCGCGAAAAAUGCGCCAAAACGUCAUCAUUAAUUCUGAGAAUUAGUGUGUUUUCAUGUCGAACAAUCACUUUUCAUCGCCGUUGACCACAAAAAUCAGAGAAAAUCAGCUUAAUUCAUGAAAACGCCAUUUGGCCAUUUGGGACAUAGCUCUGAAGACCGUGAUUUGUCAAUGCCUUCAACGAUUUUUUGCAGUACGUGUGCCAACGCAACUGUGGCGUCGAAACGACGGAUGUGAAUCCGACGAACGGAAAAGUGGAGACGGUGUUCCUGUGCAAAAUAUGUUCGGAAGCCAGAGAGGUGGUUAGUGGUUUCUGCUGGAUGUCCGCGUCUCUCUUUCUCUCUCUUUCUCUCUCUCUCUCUCUUUUAGUCCCUUUCUCAAGAGAGAGAGAGAGAGAGAACGUCUUCUUCUUCUUCUUCUUCUUCUUCUGUCCAAUGUGUCCACUGUCCUGUUGUUUUUUUCGAUUUGUUUCCCGUGCGUGCUCCCACCUUCCGCCUAUCCUUCUUCGUGUCCUGGCCCCUUCCCUCGCCCGUCUGUCUUUCCCCUAUCCAAACGUUUUCCGUUUUCCUCAACAUUUCCACAUUUUGCAGUUGUGGAAAAAGUCGGGCGCGUGGUUCUACAAGGAGAUGCCCGAGUUUCAGCGGCCCGACGACCGGAUGCCCGUCUACAUUCCCGCUCACGCGAACGGCACGCUUCCGAACGCGACGUCGGCGACGACGCCGCUCUCCGGCGCCGGUCCCCAGCCGAUGACGAUGCCGUCGACGUCUUCGUGCCAGAUGACGACGCCGAAAUGGGCCGGCGGGCCGGGGGGACCCGGCUCAGGAGGCUCGAUGGUCAACGGAGGCGGUGCCGGCUCGCCGAUCGCCAACGGAACGAGAAGAUCCACGGCCACAAACGGGGGAAUCGACUUUCCGAGGUGUGUGAGCUUCGAGAUUACUCUACUUUGCAUGCUUCGCUUUUCCCCCUAACCCGAAUCCGCUUCAGCUCGAGCCGUCCCAGCAUCUGCUCUGUGCUUCAGGCCAUCGAACCGCUUGAAAGGUUGUUUUUUCUUUCUUUCUUUUCUUUUUCUUUUUUUGGUUGCUCUCUAACCCUAACCGCCAUUUAUUUUGGAAAUUCAAGCGUAAUCAUUUUCAGAUCGAAAUCGCCGCGACCGCGGAUACAGCCGAAAUGGGUGAACGAGAAGGUGAUGAGCAGUAUGUCGGUGGACGACGAGGAAAAAGCGGCGUGAGUUUGGGAACGUUUAGAGCAUUGACCGACACGUGUCUUGCAGCAGUUCCUCGGACGGCGAGUCGUUCAUCCAAUCGGGCAUCCCUCGCAAACACAAGACGCCGCCGGCCGCCAUCACCACUUCGCCGGCGCCUCCGCCCACCUCGACGACCCCGACGUCCCGACGAGAGACCAAUCUCGAGCGGUUCUCGCGGCAGGCACAGCAGGCCGCACAGCACCGAAUGUACAGCACCGACGACGACGACUCGUCGCCCGAAUCGCGGCCGUCGACUCGAUCCACGUCGCCGCGGCACUCGCUCGCCACUCCGUGCUCCUACACGUGCCACGAGACGGCGCUGCCGGACGCCGACACGCGAAGCAUUGACAGCGGAGGUAACUGCCCAGCGUGUCAGUUGAUUUUUAGGCCCUUUUCUUCGCUCGAUCUUCGUUAAUCGGCCCCGAAUCGUCGUCGUUUUCAGUCGUGCAGUCGGAUCACUCGAAUCCGCAGCAAAGCGGCGGUCUCACGUGCUCCUCCUCGUCGCUGACGCCUCUUCAGCAGCAGGCAGGCCACGUGGAUGGACGGACGUCGCCGAGAAGGAUCUCGAAUCCGGAUAGGCCCACGUCGAGGGUCGCGCAGAGUGCUUCAGGUGAGGCUUGGGGGGUUGUGAUCGAGCUUUUCGAGAUUCUGUGCCGGUCCUAGUCCCCCGAGCGAUGCACCAUGUGGUCCUAGAACCUUCAGCGGUUCUAGAGCACCCAAAUAACGUUUUAAACUCAACUUGGCACAAUCGAUCGAUGCCCCAUACAAUCCCAGACACUUUCCCUUGUAUCAAUCGUUCCCGUUCCAGGCACCUCCCUGGUGACACCGCCGCCGGCCGCCGCCUCCCGAAUGAGCCCCGACCCUAGGGUUCCGAGCCCGUCCGCCGCCAUCCACGAGCACAAGACCUCAAAUGCGAGCUCCGCGAGUUCGGGCGGCCGACGAACGGAUCCAUCCGCCCAUAGAAUCACGAACCAAUCGAGUCGGGCCGAGAGCCCCGCUUCCGCCUUUUUGAGCUCUCCCGACGACGAGACCAGUGAGUUCUUUGUGUUUUUUUUUUUCUUCUGAUUCCGGACCUGCGGUGUGGGUGGUGCGUGGGCGUGGCCUUCUCUAACUCCUUCUCCCUCUCUCCCGCUCUAACCCGCCCCUCGAUUUCAGAACAACGAACGCGUCGACGUGACGGCGUCGGACGCAUCAAUUCGCUUCAAUUACGCGCCUCGCUGGACGACGUGGCGCCCGUCGUCGUCGCGCCGCCACAUGGUGCAUCGUCGGCCGUCGUCAAAAUGAACGGACACGUGAUCGAGGCGAAAACGACGGAACCUGGACCGUCGGGCACCGCGCCGGCGCCGACGCUACCACCCGAAAUUCCCGAAGAAGAGGACGAAAAGACGAUUGUGGCGAGCACAGAGUCGGACUCGGAACCCGGUGCGAACCCACAACCACUGCAUGAUUCUUCUCGUCGUCGUCGCGGUGUUUUCGGGUGCCUGUCGUGUUUUCGUAAACGAAAAAGUUUGUGUUUGACCGUGUUUUCAGUUCAGUUUGCAUCCCUCUCGACAACUAUUGUGAUUCCACACUCUUAUUAUGAAUCCCAAUUCAUUUCAGGCAGUCUCGGAUCGAUUACUCUCACUCUGACCUACAGUUCACAUGACAAAAAGCUGAAAAUUCAUCUUGUUCGGGCAAAAGUCAGAUUUUUUAUUUCAAAUAAAUGCUCUCCGACCCGCAACACAACACAAGUUUGCAGAAUCUCAAAGCGAUGGAUUCGAACGGCUUCUCGGACCCGUACGUGAAGUUUCAUUUGUUGCCCGGCAACACGAAGGCGACGAAACUGACGUCGAAGACGAUCGAGAAGACGUUGAACCCGGAGUGGAACGAAGAAAUGGCCUAUUACGGCAUCACCGACGAGGAUCGCGAGAAGAAGAUUCUGUGAGUGUGGCAAAUUCCGUUUUCCGUCUUCCGCCUUUUCAAAAAAGACGAUUGCGCUCAACAAAAACUCUCGAAAUUUUCAGCCGCGUCACCGUACUCGAUCGUGACCGCAUCGGCUCGGAUUUUCUGGGCGAGACGCGCAUCGCACUGAAGAAACUGCAUGACAACGAGCUGAAACGCUUCAAUUUGUAUCUGGAGAGUGCGUUGCCGGUGCCGAUUCAGACGAAAGAGGAGGAGAACGAGGAGAGGGGCAAAAUCCAUGUCGGCCUGCAGUACAACAUUCAACAAGGUACGCGGACGUUCGUGCUCAGCGGCCAAAUUGCGUUUUCUCUGAUUUUUGUGGCCAAAGGCUAUGAAAAAUGAUUGUUCGACAUGAAAACACACUAAUUCUCAGAAUUAAUGACGUUUUGGCGCAUUUUUCGCGCAUUUCGCUUUUUCGCCUUCGCCGCCUAAAAACCGCACUUCUCAUUUUGCGCUUUCUUGACCGUUUUCCGACAGAAUUGGUUUUGAGAAUGAUAAAUCACGUAAAUACAAGCAUUUUGAGCGCUCGAACCGCGAAAACUACCGAAAAGCAACUGAAAUUCACGCAGUUUUAGCCAAAAACCUUCAAACGCACGGCGACCAAAAGUGUAGAAAGGGGCGUGGCCUAAUCUGAGACGCCGCGUUUUCUGAAAAUUGCCGCAAUUCCAGUACUUUUUGUGUUUGAUAUCGACGAAGGAAGACAUUAAAGAGAGAAAACAUUGAAAUUUUCGUGAAAACGCCGCCCGUUUGAGACGUUUUUGGCAUCAUUCGCAAUACGUUCUCCGCCGCAAUUUCCGAAUUUUCAUAGCGGUCGAUGUGGAUCGGUUUUGAGACGAAGUGAGUGUCGGAAGUGAUUAAGCACACGUUAAUGCAAGUAUUUUAAGCGUUCAAACGGUGGCAAAAAGUGUCGGCGAAUGACUGAAAUUCGCGCAUUUUCAGCACAAAACUUGAAAAUCGAUUGAAUUGAUUGAAUUUCUCAAUGAAACCUGCUCGUUUUAAGCUCAAAAAGUGCGCGAUGAUUAGUUUAACAAAGUUAUGCAAUCGCAUCGUCGAAACCCGUACAAAAUUUGGGUAAUUUUUGACGAAAAACAUGUGAAAAAUCGGGGUUAAAUUUCGAAUUUCGCGCCAAAAUGGUGAUAAACCGUGCACGCGCUCGGCCCCACGCCCCUUUCUACGUUUUUCGGCGCCGUGAAACGGAUAAAUGACCAAAUUCAACGCUCUUGCGCUUAAAAAAUUCGUAAUAGCCUAUACAAUCGGUCUAUCGAGAGACAAAUGAAAAAUUAUCGGUUUUUCGUGGCUAAUCUGGCGAAAAACACAAAUUUUGCCUGUUAAAAUUUGAAUUUCGCUCUAUUCGGCGGAGCGCACUUGCGCGUGCGCCCAUUUCCACAUAAAAACCCGUCCAAUUCGUCAGGUUCGCUCUUCAUCAACAUAAAUCGAUGUGUGGAGCUGAUCGGCAUGGACUCGACCGGCUUCUCGGAUCCCUACUGCAAAGUGUCUCUCACUCCCAUCACUUCAAAGACGCAUCGUGCCAAAACGAGCACGAAGAAGCGCACUUUGAAUCCCGAGUGGAAUGAGGUACGAAUUUGGGGCGGAAAUUCGUGAAAGUUGCCAUUUCAGCAACUUCAAUUCGUCGUUCCGUUCAAGGAUUUACCCAAGAAAACGCUUCAGAUCGGCGUUUUCGAUCACGAUUUGGGAAAACACGAUGAUUAUAUCGGUAGGUGGCCUAGAAAUCCAAUUUCCCGUUUUUGACCCAAAAAAAUGGCCCCGAAUCCGAUUUUCCCCCCCCCCCCACUCUAAACGCCCCCCGAUUCGCCCAUUUUCAGGCGGAAUUCUAUUGUCCACUUCUGCGAAAGACGAACGAGGUCGUCAAUGGAUCAAAUGCAUCGAGAAUCCGGGAACUCUUGUCGAGGCGUGGCAUCGGCUCGAGUUGGAUUCGUGA